ACCAAGGAAAUAGGGAACAUAAUAUAUCCUAGAUUUUUUUUUAUCUCAGUCUCGUUUUCACUUCUGUGAAGAUAUUGUUGCAAAGGAACCGACACAGACAGCAGAGCCACCCACACACGACUCCAUCUCGGGUAUUUGGCCGAGACGCGCAGUAAAGUGUCCCAUUAGUCCCGCCUUAUCCUCGAGCGCACCGCGCGCGCCUUUAUUAAUGAGCUUUUUUACUGCCAGCGAGGUAGGUGCCAUGGUCAUUGAUUACCUAAAUUAAAGUAAACUUACAAUAGCUACAGACUUUAAUUUUUAAAUGUGUUUUAGAUCUCGUAGGUGUUUACGAAUAUAUUCAGAUAAAUCUCCGCCAGACAUUGAGAAGGUGAUACGUCGUGUCUUCUAAUGUCGCUGUGAUACGUUUCUCCGUGUGAAGAUUACGACCAGUUCCUUUCCAACCACAGUGCCGAUUCUGUGAGAGCGCUGCCAUGUGGGGAGCUCUCCUGGUCCUAGGAGGCCUCCUACCCCUCUGCUCUGGCCACAGUGGGCCCAGGGGGGUGGGCUGUCGUGUGGUGAACCAGAUGGCUGACUGCAGCCACCAGAACCUCCUGCAGAUCCCUGACGACCUUCCCAGUAACCUUACCAGCUUGGAUGUGUCACACAACCGGCUGCGGGAUCUGAGUGCGGCAGUGUUGGGCCGGUACGGGGGGCUGCGGCUACUCCGGGCCGGCUACAACAAUGUGCGGUCACUGGAGGCGGGCCUGUGCCUGGCACUGCCACAGCUGACACAGCUGCACGUGCAGCACAAUGAGAUUUACAUCCUGCGGGAACAGGACCUUCUCCACUGCUCCAAGCUGAUGGAGCUCAACCUGACCUCCAACCGGCUGAAGCUCAAAGGGGAGCCCUUCAGGCCGCUGCAGAAUCUGACAUCUCUGGACGUGUCAGUGAACGGUUUGAUCUCAGCUCAGCUGGGGAUCCAGCCACAACUGUGGAGUCUGGAGCAGCUCUCGCUGUCAGGGAACAAGAUCUCCACCCUGCAGACAGAGGACUUCUCCUGGCUCAAUCAGUCCUCUGUCCGUGUGCUAAGGAUGGCUGCACUGCCACUCAAGCUGCUGAAGCCAGGUUGCCUAAAACCUCUGAGGGGCUUGAAGGAGCUGGUGCUGGAUAGAAGCAAGCUGGGCCCGGAUCUCGUGGAGCAGCUUUCCCAGGAGCUUGCAGGCAGCCGCAUCCGCUGGCUGUCGCUGCAGAACAUAAAGCUUGACUCUGUCACCAACACCACAUUUAAGGGCCUGCAGGACACCAACCUCAACUCCAUGGACCUUUCCUACAAUGGCAUGAGCUCCAUCACUUCCGGAUCUUUCCGCUACCUUCACACUUUGGAGGAUUUGUCACUGCAGAGGAACAGUUUCUCUCAUCUCACCAAGGACACAUUUACAGGGCUGGGGAACCUAAAGUCACUGAAACUGCAGGGGGCGUUGGUGAACAAUGCCCUUAUAGAUGACUACACCUUCCAGCCACUGAAGCUCCUGGAGUCCCUCUGGCUAGAUGAAACGAAAUUGCACAACCUGUCGGCACACACCUUCUCGGGCCUGUCGAGCCUGCAGAACCUGAGUCUGUCCUGGAGCCUGGCAGGCCUCAGCACGGUGACCAGUAGCACGUUUGCAUCACUGGCUGACUCGCCACUCCGCAUGCUCAACCUGACAGCUGCAAAUAUCAAGCUGCUCCAUGAUGACGCCUUCUCCGGGCUGCGGAACCUUACCAGACUUUUCCUCACAGACAACUUCAUCUCCCAGGUCCUGACCGGGGCUGAGUUCAGGGGCUUGGCCAGCAUUCAGGAGCUCUGCCUGUCCUACAACAGGCAGAAGAUCCAGCUGAGGCCCUUGUCGUUCGUCAAUGUGCCCACUCUUAAAACGCUUCUGCUGAGGCGCACCCUCUUGGGCCAACUGGAUUUCGAGACGUCCCCUUUCCUGCCCCUGCAGGAGCUCUUGCUGCUGGACCUUAGCAACAACAACAUCGCCAUCAUCAAUGCCAACCUACUAAGCAGCCUAGGACAACUCAAAGUGCUGAAACUGCAACAUAACAACCUGGCAGACAUGUGGAAGAGCGUCACCCCCAAAGGUCCAACAUUCUUCCUGCAGGGCCUGGAGAACCUCACGGUUCUGGAGCUAGACUACAACGGCCUGGACGAGAUCCCGACCCAUGCCUUCAGCAGCCUCCAGCAGCUGCAGGACCUCAGCUUGACUGGGAACGUGCUGGAAUUUCUGCACGCCGGUGCGUUUAGCGACCUGGUCUCACUGCGCUCCCUGGACCUACGGAAGAACCUUAUCACCUCGGUUCCACAGGCUGUGUUCCAGCCGGUACUGCGAAACCUGGCCGUACUGCGUUUGGGCCAGAACCCAUUUGACUGCACCUGCGACAGCAUCUUCUGGUUUGUGAGCUGGCUCAAUGCCACUAACACUAGCGUACCCCUGCGUGAAUCGGCCUACAUCUGCAACACCCCCCCCGCUUACUUCAAUAAAUCUGUCACCCAGUUCAACGUGCUGUCCUGCAAGGAUCUGACCCCCUUCCAGGCCCUGUUCGUGCUGAGCAGCACUGUGGUGCUGGUCCUCAUGGGCACCGCUCUAUUGCUCCGCUUCCAAGGGUGGAGGAUUCAGUUCUAUUGGAAGGUAGUGGUUAGCCGCACCCUGGGCUUCAGGGAAGUGGACCGGGGCGAGAAGAGGUUCCUGUUUGACGCCUAUGUGAUACAUGCUCCGGAAGACAGGAAGUGGGUGGACCGGCAUCUCCUGCCACUGGAAAUGGAGGAGAAUUUCGGGUUCUGCCUGGAGGAUCGUGACUUUACUCCUGGGACUUCGCGACUCGAAAGUAUAGUGGAGAAGAUGAGGCAAUCCAGGAAGAUAGUGUUUAUUGUCACGGAGACGCUCCUGAAGGACCCCUGGUGUACACUGUAUAAGGUGCACCACGCCAUGCACCAGCUGAUCGAGGACAGCCGAGACUCUGUGGUGCUGGUAUUCCUGGAGGACGUGCCAGACCAUCGGCUGAGCCGGGCUCUGUUGCUGCGACGUGGCAUGUUGCGCCGCUCCUGCCUGUUGUGCUGGCCUCCCGAGCGUGCCCGCAGGCCUGCUUUCCGCCUGAGCCUCAAGGGGGCGCUGUGCUCCACCAAUCGCACGCACAAGUCUUGAGGCGUCUCCUGCAGACCGGGAUGUGGAUGGGAUUGUUGUGUCGUCACAGAAGCCUUCGUGGCUUCUUGGAUUAUGGUUAGGCUUCUUUUUAAGGGAUGGAAGGAUCAGAAGAGGGUGACACGAGAUGGAACGAUUCAGCGGAGGAAACUACCAUUUCAUCAAGAAGGCUGGUUCAUGACCAUGAACAAUUUUUAGCUGUGGGAACCCAGUGCUGCUAUGCAUGCUGGGAUUGACCAUGUGACUCUUCUAAGAUUAAACAUUUCUGAUGAUAAUAAAGAGCAUUUUUGCAGCGCA